AUGUUACACUUUCGAUCUACGGCAGUGCUCAAGGAGUUAUUCCAGAGCCAGCUGAAGCGCCCGUUCACAGGUAGAGUCGGCGUUAAAACAGCACCCGCUCCCGCCGCCUGCUUCAGCACCCUGGGUCCCGAUGGACGGUCACCGGUCAGAGGAAGGGCGUUUGCCGGCUGGAGAGCCUCUCAGCACUUCGCCAGGAAGCACGCAUCGAGAGGCUUUUGUGCCAACGACUCUGCCGGCAAAGAGUCUUCAGGAGAUAAGAGAAGAAAGGCAGGCAUCCUUCCCAGCCUGGAGGACCUGCUCUUCUACACCAUCGCAGAGGGCCAAGAAAAAAUCCCUGCACACAAAUUCACCACAGCUCUUAAAGCCACAGGGCUUCGCACAGGAGACCCCCGGCUGAAAGAAUGUAUGGAGAUGCUGAAGGUGACCUUGAAGACGACCUCAGAUGGAGCGCUGGACCGACACCUCUUCAAAAAAUGUGUCCAGAGCAACAUUGUUCUGCUCACCCAGGCCUUCAGGAAGAAGUUUGUCAUUCCAGACUUCCAGUCCUUCUGUGCCCACAUCGAUGACCUGUAUGAAAAUGCCAAAAACAUGUCUGGAGGGCAGGUGGCAGACUACAUUCCUCAGCUGGCCCGCUUCAGCCCAGACCUGUGGGGCGUCGCCCUGUGCACAGUCGAUGGACAAAGACACACUGUCGGCGACACCAAGGUUCCCUUCUGUCUUCAGUCCUGCGUGAAGCCGCUGAAGUACGCCAUCGCCGUUCAUGACCACGGCACUGAAUACGUGCACCGCUUCAUCGGCAAAGAGCCCAGCGGACUGCGCUUCAACAAGCUGUUCCUGAACGAGGACGAUAAACCCCACAACCCCAUGGUUAAUGCUGGUGCCAUCGUCUGCACCUCGCUCAUUAAGCAAGGGGCGAGCAACGCCGAGAAGUUUGAUUACGUCAUGAACUUCAUGAACAAACUGGCAGGAAACGAGUACGUGGGCUUCAGCAACGCCACUUUUCAGUCGGAGCGCGAGUCCGGAGACAGGAACUUUGCCAUCGGCUACUACUUGAAGGAGAAGAAGUGUUUUCCAGAGGGAACAGACAUGACAGCCAUCCUGGACUUUUACUUCCAGUUGUGCUCCAUCGAGGUGACCUGUGAGAGUGCCAGCGUCAUGGCGGCAACUCUGGCCAACGGUGGUUUCUGUCCAAUCACGGGCGAGCGCGUGCUGAGCCCAGAGGCGGUGCGAAACACCCUGAGUCUGAUGCACUCCUGCGGCAUGUACGACUUCUCCGGACAGUUCGCUUUCCACGUGGGGCUGCCGGCUAAGUCGGGUGUGGCCGGGGGGAUCCUGCUGGUUGUUCCCAAUGUGAUGGGCAUCAUGUGUUGGUCUCCGCCGCUCGACAAGCUAGGCAACAGUGUCAGAGGCAUCCAGUUCUGCACGGAUUUGGUUUCUCUCUGUAACUUCCACAACUAUGACAACCUGAGGCACUUUGCAAAGAAGCUGGACCCUCGCAGGGAGGGAGGAGAUCAGAGGGUGAAGUCUGUGAUCAACCUGCUGUUUGCUGCUUACACGGGAGACGUCUCAGCCCUCAGGAGAUUCGCGCUGUCCUCCAUGGACAUGGAGCAGAGGGACUACGAUUCCAGGACAGCGUUGCACGUGGCAGCUGCUGAAGGACACGCUGAGGUGGUGCGCUUCCUGCUGGAGGCCUGCAAGGUCAACCCAGUUCCCAAAGACAGGUGGGGGAACACGCCGAUGGACGAGGCGGUGCACUUUGGCCACCAUGAUGUCGUCACCAUCCUCCGCGAUUACCACAAUCAGUACACCCAUCAGGAAGGCAGCACCCCCAAGCAGAAUGCAGAGAACCUGGAUGGGAUGCUGUGAUGGAGAAGGCGCUGCUCAGGCCUGAGGACAGAUGGACAGUUGCCGCUGAGGGGAAGAAAUCAGGCAGCACUUGAGACAAAAACCGGAAAGUGCAAGUACAAACAAUGCUAAAAUAGGCGAAAAUAAACCUUUACAGUAUCUGUUAGAGCAGCAGCCGCCUCCCUCCGAGUGUAUAAGCUCCUCGUCAUGUUCUCAUUAGGUGUUGUCGGGUCUUUGUAUCGCUCUGUGUACUCUGAGUGAGGAAGCACUUUUAUUUUCUGUAUUUUAUCGUUAGUUUUCCUGGGACGGGCUCCAUGUUUUACAUUGAAGGUUGUUUUUAUUCUGAAAAUCAGCAACAGGAAGCAGCAGCUGUAUAAAACUUACAUGGUGGAAUGUAUCCCCCCCCCCCCUCCCAAACACUUUUUGAUGUGUGUGUGUGAUAAUCGAUGUAAGAUAAACUGUACAUUACUGUAGUGUUUGUUUAUAUUAACUGAGGACGGUGAGUCGGUGUAAAUAGGUGUAAAAAUGUGUAGUCGAUCAGUCUCAUGUGGUGGUGGAUUCAGAUUUGAUCAUGAUGUGCGUUUCACUCAAACUUCUGGAAAGUAUUUGAACCAUAAAAUUAAUUUUUUUUUUUUUUUUUUUUGGUUGACCGCUUUUUAAAUGUGGAGACAGAUUAGUUCAAAUCUUUGUUUUACUCUUCAAAGAUUUUUUUUUUUUUUUUUCCCCCACUAAAACUGGAACUUACCCUUAUUCUGUUUUAUGUUUUUGUAACGUGGCAAUAAUGUAAAAGAAGGCAGCCAAAGUUGAGUUCGUAAGUCGUCUCCUGACCAUUGAAAGAGUUUCUACAUAUCAGAUGUGACACUGCCAAUGCUCAUGACUGUAAACGUGCAAGAUUUAAAAAAUUUUUGUUUUUUUAUCUUAGUUUAAAGAAAUUACGGCAGAAAUAGGAUGUACUCAACAAUGGAAAUGUAUUUAAAUACUUUUAUUUUGAAAGUCUUACUAAUAUAUUUCUGUAACAGUGAGCUGACUGGUCCCUCGGUGCUGCUUUAAGCUAGCUGAAGAGUGCUGUUAAAGUUGCUCCUAUCCUAGUUAUUAUGAUUAUUGCGAGUCUUCUCAAGCAGUGGUUGCCAACCAAGUUAAAAAGCAUCACAUUUUAAGGCCUCAGUGACACAAACCCAGAGACCGGUCGCUUAGGAAAAAUGUGUAUUUCCUGCUGGUUGAAUCUGGUUGUAAAGGGGGUGCUGCACCAAAAUCCACCUUGCAGUUUCUUUGGUAGCCAGCAGAUUGCCGCAGUCACCCAUAGUUUACUUUGAAGAUGUCGACUUGCCUGCAAACGUUCAUCAUUUACUGACUGAGCUGAAACUCGCAGGCAAACCCCCCCCCCCCAUUUGCACUUUCCAGUUUCACUACUGCUCAGUGAGCAGUUGGCAAGUGUUUGCAGACAAGUUGGCAUCUUCCAGAUAAACUACAGGUGAUCGCAGCAACCUGCUAGCCACCAAAGCAAUGGGAAGGAGUUUUUUGGUGCGCUACCCUCUUUGUGACUGAUUUCAACCAUUCACCAACCAGUUGGGGAAUACACAAUUUUCCCUAGCAACCUGUAGUUGUAGUUGCAGUCUCUAGGCCUAAGACACCACAGCAGCAGCAGUGCCCGACAGUUUCUUAUUUUUCUUUUGGCUUUUAAUUUUUCUUUCACUGUAGCGAGUUGCUAAAGGCCAAAUAAUCAUACUGUAUAACCAUUCUGUCAUUCAUUGUUUUGCUGAUGUGGUAUUUUCAAGCCUCAGCAUUUGUGUUUUGGCUGUUGCAUCAUGGUGGCGUUUUUUCCAGUUCCGAAAAAAAGAAGAAAAAAA